GUAAGUAAUAUUUAGAAAAGCCGGUCUGCAAAAAGUUAGAUUUUCGAAAUAUACAAAUCGAGUAACAUGUCCGGUUAUGUAAAAAUAUUGUGUUUAGUUUUAUUUAGUGUAUUUGUUUCUGGCCAAAUCAACCCCGAUGGACCCAUUGUUAAAAUUCCACAGGGUCUGAUAAAAGGGAGAUACAAAAAAUCGUACAAAAAUAAAACGUUUUCUUCAUUUGAGGGUAUACCGUAUGCCAAACCGCCCAUAGGAGAUCUAAGGUUUCAGGAACCUCAACCAGCCAGUAUUUGGAAGGAUACAUUGGUAGCGAAUAAGCAAUAUGAAUGUUUGCAGUUCAUACCGUUUCCACUUUUCUUUGGGCCACGAGGAACUGAAGAUUGUUUAUAUCUUUAUGUUUACGUUCCAAGAGAAGACAUCAACCCCAACGAGCUCUUAGACGUAGUAAUCCAUAUCCACGGAGGUGGUUUUGUAUUAGGAUCGCCAAAAUAUUUAGCUGGACCGCAAUUUCUUAUGGAUCAUGAUGUGGUCUACGUCACUUUCAAUUACAGAUUAAAUAUUCUAGGAUUCUUAAGCACAGAAGAUGGCAUCGUUCCUGGAAAUAACGGACUUAAAGAUCAAUCCUUGGCGCUGGAAUGGAUAAAAGAGAAUAUUAAGUUCUUCGGAGGAAACCCAGCUUCUAUAACACUAACAGGAAUGUCAGCUGGAGCUGCCAGUGUUCAUUAUCAUUAUCUGUCACCGCUUUCUAAAGGUUUAUUUCACAGAGGUCUUUCUCAAAGCGGCUCGGCUCUUCACUGCUGGGCCCUUCAUAAAUCCCCCCUGGAAAAUGCAAAAACCGUCUCUAAAAACCUAACAUGUCCCACCUCUUCGUCCGAAGAAUUGGUGGAAUGUUUGAAAAAAGUUGACGGUAACGCUUUAAUGAACGCUACUAGAUCACUUUAUAUAUUCGAAGACGGAGUUCCUUUCAUCACGUUCGGUCCAGUGAUAGAACACGAUUCGAACAACCCUUUUAUAAGCGAACAUCCUUAUGAGAUAAUAAAGAGAGGAGAUUUGUAUGACGUACCCUGGAUUACGUCAAACGCGAAAGACGAAGGCCUGUUUCCAGUUCGAUUUGUUGUAUUUCUCAAGAAAAUUCAAGAACUUGAUGAAAAAUGGUUUGAUAUUAUGCCAUACUUUUUGGAUUUAUACGAUACCUUAGAUGAAGAUAAUCAGAAAAAUGUGUUAACUCAAAUUAAAAGACAUUAUUUCAAAAAUGAUACUAUGUCAGAGGAAAACAUCUAUACUUUGGUUGAACUUUUUACAGACAGGCUGUUUUUGGCUGACACAGAAAAAGUUAUCAAGCUGCAUGCUUCUGCAGUAAAAUCUGAGGUAUAUUAUUACUUUUUUUCGUACAUCCUACAAAUGCCUAGCUUCCCCAGUGGUAAAUUGACUGGAGCAUGUCAUGGAGAUGAUGCCAGACUAUUAUUUCAAGCCAUAGGUACCCCAUACGUUUUAAAACCUAACGACGAGAAAAUGAUGGAAAUGUUUACAGACUUUCUUGUCAAAUAUGCUAAAACUGGUGUGGCUACAUUUAAUAAUAAAGAAUGGUUGCCACAGAAUCCAGACAGUGAUAAACUAAAUGUUUUAAGCAUAGAGGGAGUGAAUCAAAUUGAAAUGAAAAAAAUUGACAGAUUGGGUGCCAGCGAUUUUUGGAAUAGUCUGCCCAUUAAAGAAUUAGAAAAAGCAAUAAGUUCGAGCAAUAUUAUCAGAAAUACUGCUAUUUUAAAUGUCAUUUUUGCUAUAUUGUUCUUUAUAAUUAUUUGAAUAAAUAUUAAUAAAUACGUACCUUAUA